CAUGGAGUUAGAAUCCAUGAACGGCCCAUUUUGUUGCUCCUAUAUAAUAUAAACCCUAGCUCGAUUAGGGCUUCAUUGGGCGGCCGUCGAUAUCUGAAUCCUCAACUUCUCUUCACUAACUUAGUUUUCUUUAAUCGAAAAUGAGUCGAGGAGGUGCAGCCGGUCCCAAGGGGAAGAAGAAGGGAGUAACCUUCACAAUCGACUGUUCUAAGCCAGUGGAAGAUAAGAUUAUGGACAUUGCUUCGUUGGAGAAGUUUCUUCUCGAGAGGAUUAAAGUUGGAGGCAAGGCUGGAGCUCUUGGGGAUUCCGUCUCUGUUACUCGCGAGAAGAGUAAAAUUACCGUCACUUCUGACAGCAACUUCUCCAAGAGGUAUUUGAAGUACUUGACUAAGAAGUACCUGAAGAAACACAAUGUGCGAGAUUGGCUACGAGUGAUUGCUGCCAACAAAGAUAGGAAUGUGUACGAACUCAGGUACUUUAACAUUGCCGAAAAUGAGGGAGAGGAAGAGGAUUAAAUUUACCAAUUUAGACAUUGUAUUCAAGGAACAAGUGCGUCUAUACGUCGCUGGAAUCUCUCACUGUUUUUGUUACUAGUGUUGCCUGUGUGAUGCUCUCUAUUUUUAUUUGAACUAAUGCAGUUUAGCAAUUUUGUUUUCUUCGACAGACCUAGAUUGCUGGUAUUUUUUGUGUCAUAUUUGAGUAAGAUCAACAAUUUUUCACUUUAAA